UACUACCUACUUCAAACUCGAUUAGAUGGUUGACUGAACAGAUUUCGCCAUGAAAUCGAGAAAUGGAUGGCGAGAAUCGCAUCAUCCUUAAUGUUGGAGGCAUUCGUUUUGAAACGUACAAGGCGACACUAAAGAAAAUCCCGGCGACCCGUUUAUCUCGAUUAACUGAAGCGCUGGCCAACUACGACCCCAUCCUGAACGAAUACUUCUUUGAUCGGCAUCCCGGAGUUUUCGCACAAGUGCUCAACUAUUACAGGACUGGUAAAUUGCAUUACCCGACGAAUGUGUGCGGCCCAUUGUUCGAGGAGGAAUUGGAGUUUUGGGGAUUGGACUCGAACCAGGUCGAACCGUGCUGCUGGAGCACGUACAGUAUCCACAGGGACACUCAGGCGACUUUGGCCAUCUUAGAUAAACUGGACCUGGACUCAGAACGUCCAAGCGAUGAGGAAGUAGCGCGAAUGUUCGGCUACGAGGAGGCGUAUCACAGUGGAACCUUGACAACGUGGCAAAGAAUCAAACCGAAAGUUUGGGCCCUGUUCGACGAGCCGUACUCGUCCACAGCUGCAAAGGUUGUGGCCGGUAUAUCUGUGUUCUUCAUUUGCGUAUCGGUCCUCUCCUUUUGCCUGAAGACUCAUCCUGGAAUGCGCCUGAAAUGCGGUGGUUAUAGAUUUAGAAAUUCCACGGAUUUAAACUGCACCGAGCCGCUACCGUUAUUCGUAACCAUCGAGCACUUCUGUAAUGCCUGGUUCACCUUUGAAUUAACUGUUAGACUGAUUGUUGCACCCAACGUAAUACAAUUUAUGAAAUCGCCGGUGAACGUAAUAGAUUUUGUAGCAACGUUAAGUUUUUACGUAGAUAUGAGUUUAAACGUGGAUGGUAAAUCGGAACUAUUGGAGUUCUUUAGCAUAAUCAGAAUACUCAGACUGUUCAAGCUAACGCGACAUUCGCCUGGAUUGAAGAUACUAAUACACACCUUCAAGGCGUCCGCGAAGGAGCUCACGUUGCUCGUCUUCUUUCUCGUGCUGGGAAUUGUCGUUUUCGCUAGUCUAGUUUACUACGCCGAGAAAUUGCAGGGAUAA